AUGCUGAGAUUGGCUCAGGGAAAGCUGAUGUCAAGAAUUUUUCGACCUGUGCGACCCUUUCUCGCCGACGGUAAAGCAACUCUCAAGAAGUACCACGCGAUCGCGAUUUCUCGCGGAUUCUUCAUCGAUUCCGCGAAGAAAGUUGAGUCGACGGCUCGGAAGGCGACUAACAAACACAUCCGUUUUCCAAUUGUGUGCCAGGUAUGGGCUUUGGAUUCGGUGUGUUCCGUAAUUUACCAGCGGCGGAAGUGGCAAGGACUCGGAAGUGGUCGUGAGGUUAUUCGAAGAGGGACGAGUCAACAGCGGUAACGAUCGAGUCUUGCUUAUCUUCACUGAUUGAAUUACUGAGUAGUUAAAUUAAGCUGUUGAUUCAGAGUAAGAGCGAUUUGGAGUAGUUUCUAAUAAAGAAGUUGAAUUUAGAGGGAGUAUCAACGGGAGAUGGACGAAACGAUCGGUUAGACUGGAAGUUGUAGAAAGGAAUGUGUAAAGCACAAUGUAAAGGUCACCGUACCUUCGACUGAACAUUUUGUUGACUAUGUAAUACCGCUGUCAGUUCGUGAGUCAACGGUAACACGAGUCUUGCCAUUGACGUACAUCCGUCCCGUGACCAUCUAACGGAGUGAUGAAGUCACAUUGCGGAUGUGCAAUGUCAUUUGCAAUUCUUUCGCGCGACUGUCGCAUUACGAUACUUCGAAUGACAUCCACAAUACAGUGGCACACGAUAAAACAAUAUCAAGAUCGACGUAGGUGUGUAUGCGAGAGACUAGCGAUGCGAAAGUCAUGCAUACAACUACUAACUCGUUUGCUUCGUUUUUUAGGAAAUAAACUUGCCUGAUGUUCUAUGAAGAAUUGUUCUCCACAGUGUCCUGAAUUUUCAUGUUACUUUAU